UGUUUUUUUUCUCGCUUCAGUUCAUCGCAUUCCGUAGAUAAUUGAAAAACAAAAUACUCAAAGAGAUGGAUAGAUCACGAUUGCUGCCUCUCACCUUGCUUUGCACUUUGGUCCUUCUUGGAUCUCUAGCUCUUACUCAGGCAAAAAAGUCCAAGGAAGAUCUGAAAGAAGUUACUCACAAAGUUUACUUUGAUGUUGAAAUUGCCGGAAAACCUGCUGGUCGAGUUGUUAUGGGACUCUUCGGAAAGGCAGUUCCAAAAACAGCAGAAAAUUUCCGAGCACUCUGCACAGGGGAAAAGGGUGUUGGAAAGAGUGGGAAGCCUCUUCACUACAAAGGAAGUGUGUUUCACCGGAUUAUUCCAAACUUCAUGAUUCAAGGUGGUGAUUUUACACUUGGUGAUGGAAGAGGUGGAGAAUCAAUCUAUGGUGAGAAAUUUGCCGAUGAGAAUUUCAAGCUGAAGCACACUGGACCUGGGUUUCUGUCAAUGGCAAAUGCAGGUCCUGACACAAAUGGGUCACAAUUCUUCGUUACAACUGUGACAACGAGCUGGUUGGAUGGCAGACAUGUCGUGUUCGGAAAGGUGCUGUCCGGUAUGGAUGUGGUCUACAAAAUCGAAGCCGAAGGCAAGCAGAGUGGGACACCCAAGAGCAAAGUUGUGAUUGCUGAUAGUGGUGAAAUCCCUCUAUAAAUAUCAAAGUUUGAGUCUUUCUUUAUUCCCAGUUAAGUCCUUGAUAAAUCCUUGGAGAUGGAACUUUUUAUUUAAGAUCUUUGGGAGUUUUUAGGGAGAGUUUUAAAGCAGACUUUGUUUAGCUGAUGAAAAUCACAUCUUUCACUUGCUUUAUGACACGUUGAACAUA